AUGGUACCAUGCGGCAAGGGGAGGCUGUUGCACCAUAUCAUCUGGCUGCUCAUAUGUGGACUUGGAGUUGAUGGCCGCAAAGGUUUCAUCAAGAACGGCAGACUGCAGCCCCUCGUGCCAGGUCAAGCACAAGGCAGAAAUAUCUUGAAGGAUGACACAUUCCUGCCUAAUGCAGAAUCGUUUGUGGGCCACGUCACGAGUGAUCCAGGCCAGGAAUUCGGAUUGUGCACGCUGAACGAAUCGCGUUGGCACCUUGAGACAAAUGCUGUCUGCAAGGACAAACUGACUUGUGUUCCCAUAUUGACGCCAGUGCAUACGCCAGGGAGGCAGCAAGAUCUGGAGAGAAGAGGGGUUUGCGUGAAAUUCCAAGAACCUGUGAGCUACGUGUUCGACUCAAAUGGCAGCAUGCCCAUCCCUGUGGCGUACUUCCCUCUUACCGAUGGCAACACCGCGUCAUGGCCAAUAAAAUCUUUUGAAGCUGUAAACGCCAGCACUGCUGUCUUUUCUGAUGAUGAAAUUUUUGGGCGCGUCCUGCAUUGCAAGGAGGGUGCAGUGGUGUUGCCAUCCGUUAGCUAUGGUCGCACUGGCCAGUUUGCAAUCAACAUGUGGGUUCGCCCAAUGGGUCCAAGAGACGACAUUGCUUAUCAGUAUAUCUAUUCCCACACCAAGUUGGGAGGCCAACCAGGAGGUCUGUCUGACUCACAGAUCCAUAUCUAUUUAGCACGUUCAGGACUUCCUGCUCAUGGAGUAUUGCGGACAAUGGUGAAGGAUGGAAACGACGUUGGGGCAUCCAAUUUCCUGGACUCGGAUGGAGUGGUCUCAAACAACGGGCUCCGGGCUGCUCUUGAGGAGAACCCAAAUUUAUUUGACAACAAAUGGCAUAUGGUGACAGUUACGAGCAAUGGCGCAAGCGAGAAAGGGUUCUCUCUGUACAUUGAUGGUAAAAUCGCCGGGAAAAUGGCAGAAGAAGAGCCAAAUCAGGAGGCGGAAGGUGGUGACCCUGUCAAUCUCAGUGGUGAGAUCUUCCUAUGUUCUCGAACUGACCAGUCACCCCAGAGGCUAUUCAACGGCAAAUUGGCCCAUCUCGCCCUCUUUGAUGAACGACUUUCACCACCAGACGUCAUGAGGUUGUAUGCCACAUUCUUCUCCACAAAGGCCAUGCUUCAACAUGGGUCGCCUGAAGGGAAACAUUUUACCAAAGAUGGCCAUCCAUGCUAUUUUCCUGCUAUCUUGAGGGGAGGAUGGGUUGAUGAAUGCUCUCUGGUAGAUGAUUUUCUGCAGUGCCCAUUCGCACCAGGAAGUUGGCAAAAAUGUGACCAGCGUAAUGUAUCAAAUGCGAUUGAGGGGCAAAGAGGGGAAGCAAGAAAGCGGGAUUUGGCAGUGAACCGCUACACAUCCGACGGCGAGACCUGCCAUUUUCCAGCUUUUUAUGGCGGCCGCUGGUCAUCAGACUGCCUGGAAAUCAACGGGAAGAGCAGAUGCCAAGUUGAAGGUUCUACUGUGUGGAAGGAAUGCUCUGAAUAUGAACCAAGUGCAGGCGAGGAGGAAGCCAGUUUACAAUCUCCUACAAGGAUGACGAUUCGCGGCGAGCCUUGUGAGUUUCCAUUUCUACAUGAUGGAAAAAAGAUGACAGAUUGUACAAUAAUUGCUGGCCAUUGGUCAUGCAAGGUGGAUUCUGGGGAAAUCGUUCCAUGCCGUGUUGAACGCGAUCCCGGCACAGAUUCCACUACCAAAUCAUCUGAGCUGCCCAUCAGCAGAGUUACAGUGGAUGGCGAGAAGUGCUCUUUUCCAUUCUGGUUUGAUGCGACGUCCAUAGGCGAUUGUGCAAACAUGGACGGCGUGCCCACCUGUGCAACCAACGAAGGCGUCCUGAAGGAAUGUGCUCCAUUGCGCCUAGCAAUCUCUGGAAAGCCAUGCGCAUUCCCAUUUGAACGCGACGGGAUAAACCACACAGAGUGCUUGGAAAUCGAAGGCGAAAGCCAAUGCAUGAUUGCAGAUGGCAAGAUGGAGGCCUGUGCACCAGUGGAGCUGCAAAUUCCUCCAGCAUUCUCCUUCUCAGUGAAUGGGGAUGCCACCUUGUUGGCAGGGCGAGUCACGGUCCACAAUAACGUCUGCUCAUUCCCAUUCUGGUAUGGGGGAGUGCUGCACUCGACGUGCGUGCCACGCUUUGAAGGGGACGCCGACAGCUUCUGCCACACUGGACAGGGCAACCUGGAGCAGUGCAAACCGGUGAGAAGGACAGUCGACGGGAAGGAUUGCAGCUUUCCAUCCAUCUUCAAUGGGGAUGUGCUCUUGGAUUGUGUAGAGCAAUCAGGAGAUGAGUGGUGUACUGCAGCAGAUGGAGACUUUCAAAUUUGCGCACCAGCAAAUCAACGCGUUCCCCAGGAGUUGUUGGUGCCAUAA